GAACGCAAAUUGUAAAUGUCAAUGACGUCACGUCAGCGACAGUCGCGUUCUCAUUAUUUUUAUUUCGCAAUUUCCAGAAUUUCUACAUAUUGGUGCUUUUCUUUUUUAAAACGCUAAUGUUAUUUCCUCAAAACACUUAAAGAAAUGGACAAUCAAUAUUACUAUAAGUUAAUGGCGAGUUAUUUGUCUAAACGUAACUGCGACGAGUCAUUCAUGAGAUAUUUCUUCGGUAAGAAUGCAACAAAGAAGACGCCUGAAGAAUUAGAACGAGCUGAUGAAAGAAAGAGGCGGCUCCAGAGAGAACGAUCGCGUCGAUACCGCGCAUUAAAGAAUGCUCGACGUCAAAAUGAAAACAGCCGCGACAGUGCCGAGAAUGAUUCCGUUCGCAGCAAGUCUCGAGGUGUCUCGAUCGAUGAGGAAAUAAGUGACGGCGAUGAGCCGCCGACGCUGUGCGACCUGAACUACGAGGACAAGUGGCGGGACCCCACGUCGUCCGACUGUCCCUCCGACGAUAACUCCGCGCACUCCGCCGCCGAACAUAAAGAGAGCCCCCUGCCUGGUAACGUGUCGCUUAACUUGAAGGAGUUCCUCAGUUCUCCCAACACUGAGUUGGACUAUCCGACCGUUCACAGCCUCAUGUUUCACUGGCUCCAGACGUAGCGAUGCCAGUUAGCUAGCCUUGAGGCCACAGUGGCCAAGUUUACUGAGCAUGUACCUACUCAAAUUGGCUAACUUCACCAUUUGAACAUAAUGUUGACAAUCAAAUACCUAUAACAGUCACUAGAAUCUCACAGAAUAUGGAUACACUGUAUGUUUGAUGUAGUUAUAACACAUAUCAUGCCUUAGGGUUGCCGCUUAUUACUGUGAAGCUCACACAUCAGUUAAGAUGACCGUCCUGUAGUAGAUUAUAAUCAUUAACUAAGUUUUCUCAUAUACAUUUAAAGUUGACUGUUGUCUUAGUUGUCACAGAACAUAGAUAGGAUUACAAAUUGAUAAAAACCAAUAUAUAAUUAUCUUAUUUUUGUGAUUGACAGAUGACUUAUGUACAUGGUAAUAUACAUUAUUGAAACUUAAAUUCUAUAACACAUUGCUACAUAGUAAACCAUCAAUUUAUUAUGAUUAUCUUGCAAUAAAAUUGCUAUGAUUUGUAUGUGUCAUGAAGCGACUGAGGCCUGAGCUCGGCUGACAGUAGCUAUUCCACUAGACAAUAAGAGUUGUUGUUAAGUUGCCAUAUCCUAAUGUUUAGAUACUCAACUAUUAUACAUUAUUAUAUAUGCAUAUAGAGAAGUAUAGAGUAUAUAUACCUAUAGUUUGUGAUACGAGGAAUUUACAUUUUGUGUGAAAUCUACAAUAUUAGAUGUAACAUAGGCUAAGAUGUUGAGACAGGGCAGGUUGCGCUCUUAGUGCCUCUUGUUUGCUGCUAAGCCAUUACACUAGCAUAUUGUCACUGAUUCUGAUUAGUGUUAGAAAUAUUAACAUUCCCAGUCUUUAUGAAAUUUAAAAAUUAUAUUGCAUUUGAAUAUUUUAUAUAAAUUUUUUUAAUUAACUAUGUUCAAGAUUUUAAUAAUAAGUUAUAAAAAUAUUUUACAAAUAAUCUCAUUUAAGUGUUGGAUAUUUUAAUUUUUAACACCACGGCUCAUGAAGUACCAAGAGUACUUAAUGUAAUGAAAUUAUAACACAGCCAUGCAUUUAUUUGAAAAUACUCUGUAACUGCUCUCUCUAUUUCUUUACAAAUUUUUAAAGCAUUUGAAUAUUAUUUUUAGUUUUUAGGUAUUUUAUAAGUUUAUUUAGUAUGUUAGAUUAAGAUUUUUCAUUCUUAGCUUUUGUAUAAAGUCUGGCUGGACUGGUUUAUUGUUUUAUAUAUUACAUCCAGAUAUAAUAUUAUUAUGUUUUUAUAUGAUAUGCAUUGCUUGUGAUGUAGCUAUUGGGAAUAGCUUAUUUUUUAAAUUAAUCAAAAAUGUCGAGUUGAAAACAUUGCCUUGUUAGUGACUAGAGUGUAAAAUUCUAAUUCAAUAUUUUAAUUUUAGUUUUUAAUUAACUAUAAGGUUUUACCAAUCAACAAUGUGUAUUUAGUUUGAGUGCCAUGGAAUAUGUAGAUCUGCGCACAAUUUGUUUGCUCAUAAACUCUUUGAUUUGAUUCAUAAAAAAUAAGUAUAAUAUUGAUGUACCUAGUAAAAAAGUUAUAUAAAUCCAUGAAGAAAAGAUUGUAUACCAUGUUAUUAUGAAUAAUUUUUGUUUGUAAUAAUUUCAAACUAUUAGUUUUGUGAUUGAGUAUUUAGUAAUUCUGUUAAAACUUAAAAUUUCGCAAGAUUUAGAAUAAUAUUUCCAACAAGAAGGAGCGCAGGCGGAAGGGCCUGCAUGACGUUAGUUAUCCUUGCAUAUCUUUAUAUUAUGUAAUGUAGGUACUGUAAGGUAGUGCCAUAUUAAAGAGCUUCCUAUUUUUA